AUGGAGAUGAACAAUGUUAGACGUGUUUCCUCUGCUGGAUACCGACUACCGGAGCGAUCCACCGGGAACAGGCCGACAACAAGCCAGCCAGCUGCCGAUACAAGUCGCUACGGUAAAGGAGACACGAUGACUUCAGCUCAUAAUGCAGACAGGAGCGAUACUGUUAAACAAGACCAGGUGUGGAAGGAGCUGGUGUGGACUGAGAGGAGAGGAGUCAGAGAAUGGGAGAGGAACUGGAGCUUUCUCAGGAACUACGAUCAGAUGGGACAACUGAGGCCAAGGGAGCCUUUACCCAGCUAUGUGUCACUCUUCUCUAAACGUGUCCCCAACACCAGCAACCAGAUGUGUGGGAGCAGACUGUCCACUCCACUGGGGAGUGAACUGGUCAAACUGGACAGAUUGCUCCUCUGGUCUGGAAGCCAUAACAGGCGCAAGCAGGAUCCAGAUAUCCUGCCCUACUAG